UUGCUAAUUUUAGCGAUUGUUGAUAAAACAGCUCUGUUUGUUGCACGAAAUGGUAUUGAUUUCGAGAAUAAAAUCCGUGAAAAAGAGGCGGCGAAUCCGCGCUUCAGUUUCCUGAGCGCAACAGAUCCAUACAACGCUUACUACCAGCACAAAGUAGCGGAAUGUCGGGAUGGGAAAGCGGCAGAGCCAUCUGUACCGCGCCCACAAAUACCAGAAGCUGUGAAAGAACAUGUGAAGCAAGCCGAGUUUGUGCCGCGAAACCCGCCUCCACCGUUCGAAUUUGAUGCUGAUCCGGCCACCAUCAAUGCUUUUGACUUGUACAUUUUUAUUUUCAUUCGUUGGAUUUCCGGAGUGUUGGAAGUGUGA